AUGGAGCCCUUAAUGGAUCCUAAUUUAAAUGCAGCUGUUUAUAGGGACAUGACUGCGGCAGACAGGCCGCCUGUUCCUGACAAGAAUUUGCAAUUUAUUUCAAUUUAUAAUGAAAAAAGUGCAAUUCUUGGAGGUAGUAACAUGACAGAUCGUUAUUGGUGCGGUACUGUUUGGUAUUUCAAUGAUAUUUCAGACUUUGACAAAAAUAAAGCUGUGGUUGCCACAAAGACUGAAAGUGGUGUGUGCGAUGGUGCUCAUUUGGAACAUGACAAAUUUGUAAUUUGCGAAGAUAGUGGGGUCUUGCAAGUACUAGGUUUAGUUGACGUAGCUGACACAAAUUUACAAGAAUUACAGUCUUUAGGGUAUGCUUGUCUGCAUGACAGUAGUCUCUUAACACUUUCUGUAUUUCAUGAUAAUGACCAUUUAGUUACCGGUGGCAUGGAUUAUUGUAUAAAGGUGUGGGACAUAGAAGAAUUAAUUGCAACACAUUCAUUUGGCUUUGCCCACACAGACAUAGUUACUUGUGUUAAUGUACAACCUAGAAACAGUUCAGUAUUUGUGUCAACUUCAUUCGAUUGUGAAGCAUUGAUGUGGGAUAUAAGACAGUCAAAACCAGCACAGAGUAUUUUGAAAAGGGAUAUUGGUUUGACAGCAGUAAGUUGGAAUUCUAUAGCAGAUCAUAUUAUAGCAAUAGGUGCUGACAAUGGAGAUAUUGUAUUAGUUGAUGUUAGAAAAUCAGGUGGUUUAGUAUUAGUGGACGCAAAUAUGUUUCAUAGAUCAGUACACAAGCUCUUAUUUAAUCCAAACCCAGAAAGAUCGAAAGAAUUAGCAUGUUGCUGUGAUGAUAUUAUUGUGGAAGUACUUAAUAAAGAUAAUUUCUCAUCCAUAUACAAGAAUGAAAGUCAUACUGAUUUUAUACGAGGACUGGCAUGGUAUAAAGACCAAUUAUUUUCUUGUUCUUGGGAUAAUACAGUAGGCAAACACACAAUACCAUUAUGA